AGGUUGGUUGGCCGACCCUUGAAGGAUCUAAGCGCUGAUUGGCCCUCGCGGGAGCCUGUCAGCAUGUGCAGGCCUGCUUGCGGCCUGUGAGGGGCUGAGGGAGGCCAUUGCGGCUGGAACGUCUGGAGCUGGAGAAGGAGUCGGAGCGGUGGAGUGGCUCGCCCGAGGGCCUCCGAGGAGAGAUCUUGAAAACUGUGCCAAAUCUUGGGAAGAAAACUACAUGACACUACAUCAUGAGCGAGAGUAAAUGUGACAGUCAGUUUUACAGUGUUCAGGUUGCAGACUCCACGUUCACUGUACUAAAACGUUACCAGCAAUUGAAACCCAUUGGCUCUGGAGCUCAAGGCAUUGUAUGUGCUGCAUUUGAUACAGUCCUUGCAAUAAAUGUUGCUGUAAAGAAGUUGAGUCGUCCUUUUCAGAACCAAACACAUGCAAAACGAGCUUACAGGGAACUUGUGCUUCUAAAGUGUGUCAAUCACAAAAAUAUCAUUAGUCUAUUAAAUGUAUUCACACCACAGAAGUCCCUAGAAGAAUUUCAAGAUGUGUACUUGGUUAUGGAACUGAUGGAUGCUAACUUGUGCCAGGUCAUUCAUAUGGAGCUGGAUCAUGAAAGAAUGUCCUAUCUUCUGUACCAGAUGUUGUGUGGUAUUAAACAUCUACAUUCAGCUGGUAUCAUCCACAGAGAUUUAAAACCCAGUAAUAUUGUAGUAAAAUCAGAUUGUACUCUCAAAAUCCUUGAUUUUGGACUUGCAAGGACGGCAUGUACUAAUUUCAUGAUGACACCAUAUGUAGUAACACGAUAUUACAGAGCACCAGAGGUUAUUCUUGGCAUGGGAUACAAAGAAAAUGUGGAUAUCUGGUCUGUUGGGUGCAUAAUGGCAGAAAUGGUCCUCCAUAAGGUCCUGUUCCCAGGAAGAGAUUAUAUUGACCAGUGGAAUAAGGUUAUUGAACAGUUAGGUACACCAUCAGCAGAUUUUAUGAAAAAACUACAGCCUACUGUGCGGAACUAUGUAGAAAACAGGCCAAAAUAUCCAGGUAUCAAAUUUGAAGAGCUCUUCCCAGACUGGAUAUUUCCAUCAGAAUCUGAUCGUGACAAAAUAAAAACCAGUCAAGCUAGAGAUUUGCUAUCAAAAAUGCUAGUAGUAGAUCCAGACAAACGAAUUUCAGUAGAUGAAGCUUUACGUCAUCCAUAUAUCACAGUUUGGUAUGAUCCAGCUGAAGCUGAAGCACCACCACCUCAAAUAUAUGAUGCACAGUUGGAAGAAAGAGAACAUGCCAUUGAAGAAUGGAAAGAACUAAUAUAUAAAGAAGUAAUGGAUUGGGAAGAAAGAAAUAAGAAUGGUUUGGUAAAAGAACAGCCUUCAGAUGCAGCAGUGAAUAGCAACACCAGCCCUUCCCAGUCAUCAUCGAUCAAUGACAUUUCAUCCAUGUCAACAGAACAAACAUUGGCUUCCGACACAGACAGCAGCCUUGAUGCUUUGACAGGAACACUUGAAGGAUGCCGGUGAUCAGCUUUUGCAGAUUUAACAUUGGCAAAGAAACUUUUUGCUUCUGUUGGGCCUGAAUUACUUGAAGCAGUGAAAAAGGAAGCCAGAAGACUUUCUGUGGGGAGAUGCAUGAAGUGUCCCUUUGCAUGAUGUUGCAGUAGAAGUUUGAAAAGAGAGCACAAGUUACUAGUGCUUCUUUUGCUGCUUCCCAUAACGUGUGAAAAAGCCCUGAGUAUUUUGGUGUACACAUAGCCUUUGAAAUAGUGCCAUUUUAUUUUAGAUAAACCUUUAUGGAAGAACACAGGCUGGUUCAACCCAAUUACAAGAAUGUAUGGGCCUGAAAGUUGGUUUUUAGCCUGACCGGGUGUGUGCGUUAUGUUUGGUAUGGGACUGAGAAAACAAAAUGCCUAUACCCUCACCGAUUCCUCCUUUCAAGUCCCUUGUUGCAGCUGAGGCAAUGUAAUUUUAAACUAGUUGCUGUUUAUUUCUGCAUUAUUCUUUGUGGAAAGCAUAUAGAAAUUAGAGAGAGUGCCCAGGAUCCAAAAUGCUAAUUUAGGCUCGGGUGUGCCCAGGGGAAUGCUUGCUUCUUUUUCCUUUGACUGCAAACACCAGGCUAUAUCACAAACUGUUUUUGAAACGCCCCUUGAUCUCAGAUGGAGCUUGCCAUGGACUGGGAUGUGGGUGGGCUGUUUUCGGUGGAAUGCAAGUCGAAAGCUCAUUGGACAUGUGGAACUAAUUGUUCAGUUAUUUGGAUACAAGCCACAGGGUAGUUGAGUGUGAUACACACACAAUAUGGAUAUAUAGACCUGGGCUACAAUUCAGCAUUUAAUGAAUUAAAUAGAAAAAUCUGUAUGCAAUCUGCAGACAUAGGUUAAGUUGCAAUAGCAUUCUCCAAAGUUCAGCAUCUCUAAAAUGAGACAUUGGUUUCCUAAAGAAAAUUGACCCUUAUAAUGUGACAGAUGUCUGUUGUAUGGUGUUCCAUAUAAAAUUUCUUCCAAGUGCAGAAAUAUCCUUCCCUGACCAUGCCACAUGGAAUACUGGUCGCUGCAGUGCAGUUUAUGUAGAGUGACUGAAUUGUAAAACAUAGAGGUACAGAACUGUAAGUUUAAAAACCUCAACCAACCUUUGUAAAUCAAAUAUCAAUGCUGUCUGUAAAUUCUACAUAUAGAUGAAGUCAGUGUAUGUGGCAUGGGAUUGAUCGGGGCUUGAUGCUACACUUAGUGAUACUGUUGGAGCCAAAUUCUUUCCUGGAAUUUGUGUACUUAGAUCUUUCUUGAAGUUAAUGUGAGGUGCACAUCUGCUUCCAGGUGCAGAACUUGGACUCAGAGUCAGUAUUCACAGCUCACUCAUCUGAUCUUUAAUUUCAUUACUUCACCUUGAAUGUUACUGAGAUCACUUUUAAUUGUUGGGAUAUGACAAAAAUGAACAAAAAAUAUAAGAUAACUUGUUUAGUUCUUCUCUUUCAUACUUUUAUGUAAUUCCAUUUUAUGCUUGCUAUGCAUGUUGAGAAUCUCUUGUGGUAAAGAAUUACAAGACAUCUUCUCAUACUAUAAGUGCAAGACAGGAGAAGAACCCUGAGAUAUAAGGAGAACCCCUUCUCAUUAAUGAGCUAUAAAAAUGUAUUUUAUUUUUUAUAAUUGCAAUUCUGGUUGUGGAUUUUAUUGCCACUAACUCAUUGUGGAUAUUGUAGAUAAGUUUGAGUCCUCUGAUUUCAAUGCUUAGAUGAACUUUUAAAAAUAAAGUACAAAAACACUGUC